UCUCCCCUCCCCUUCUCCAAUCUCCCUCUCUCACUCCUCUUUCUCUCUUUAAAACCCUCUCCCCCGCCUUCCAUCUCCGCCGCCGCUCCUCCGCCAUCUAACGCCCUCCCCAUAUAUAGAUACAGACACCCACAAGAGAUCAGAGAGAGAGAGAGAAAUCGUAAAAAAAAUGUUGCUGGGGAAGAGGCCGAGGCCACCGAUGAAAAGAACCACAAGCAUGACGGAGUUUACGUUGGAUCUAAACGCCGGCGCCGGCGCCGGCAGCGUGCAAACGUCCCAGGCCGCCGCCGCCGCCGUAGAUCAGCACUUGACGUCAGCCGCCACCGUCUCCGCUCGGCCCCACCGCCGGAAAUCCGCAGAUUUCGUUGAAACUGCCCACUUCUUACGCGCGUGUUCCCUCUGUAAACGCCGCCUCAUCCCCGGCCGUGACAUCUAUAUGUACAGGGGAGACAGUGCAUUUUGCAGCCUAGAGUGUAGACAACAGCAGAUGACACAAGACGAGAGAAAAGAGAAGUGUUCGUUAGUGGCAUCUAAGAAGGAGGCCAUGGCGGCGGCGACCUCCGCCGCGGCGGCCACCGGAUCGGAAGUCGUCGCCGCCACCGGCGAGAGCAUCGCCGCCCUGUAGAUUUAGUUAGCUGUAUUAUUAGUAUUAUUAGAAACUAGUGGACCGCAACAUAUGGAUCGACAGCAUGUGUGUAUGUCCCAACUUAUAUGUUGUUAUUAUUAUUAUUACUGUUACUAUUAUCAUAAUUUUGUAUUUUUAUAUGUUUCCGAAAUGAAAUAUAUAUAUAUAUGGUGGGGAUUUAUAAAGUUUUUUUUUCCAGGUUGGUCCAA